CGCAGGCGGGCGCAUCCUGCAACAUCAUGACAACAGAGAAGAGUUUAGUGGCUGAAGCUGAAAAUUCACCACACCAACAACAGAAGGACGAGGGUGAAGGAGCCACGAACUCAGGCCAGCAAGAAGUGCAGCUGGAAGAGGCUUCUCAGGCCGCCGCAGAGGGAGAGAAUCAGUGUGAGCAAAAGCUGAAAACCUCCAAUGGAGGCACUCCGACUCAAGAAGACUUGAUCAGAAACAAGGAGCGGACACCCGAAAGUAGGGGCCUGUCACGGCUGUUCUCCUCACUUCUUAAGAGGCCGAAGUCUCAGGUCUCUGAGGAAGAAGGCAGGGAAGUAGAGCCAAGUAAAGAGAAAGGAGAAGGAGGUCAGACAGAGAUAGAGUUAGGAACCUGUCUCGAUGAGGAGAUCAUCUUAAAGGCCCCGAUUGCAGCUCCGGAACCUGAGCUCAAGACAGACCCGUCCUUGGAUCUUCAUUCAUUAAGCAGCGCAGAAACACAGCCGGCUCAGGAAGAACCCAGAGAAGAUCCAGAUCUUGAAACCAAGGAAGGACUUGAAGAAUGCUCUAAAAUAGAUGUCAAAGAAGAAAGCCAAGAAACAAAAGCAGAAAGAGAUUUAAAAGCGUCCCAGAAGUCUAUCAGAAGACACAGAAACAUGCAUUGCAAGAUAUCUUUGUUGGAUGAUACUGUUUACGAAUGUGUUGUGGAGAAACAUGCUAAGGGACAAGAUCUGCUGAAGCGAGUAUGUGAGCAUCUGAAUCUUUUGGAAGAAGACUACUUUGGUCUGGCCAUUUGGGAUAAUACAACCUCUAAGACAUGGCUGGAUUCUGCCAAAGAAAUAAAAAAGCAGGUUCGUGGCAUUCCAUGGAAUUUCACGUUUAAUGUAAAGUUUUACCCACCAGAUCCAGCACAAUUAACAGAAGAUAUAACAAGAUAUUAUUUAUGUCUUCAGCUUCGGCAGGACAUUGUUGCAGGACGUCUGCCCUGUUCCUUUGCAACUUUAGCACUGCUGGGCUCUUACACCAUACAGUCUGAACUGGGCGACUAUGACCCAGAGCUCCAUGGCGUGGAUUAUGUCAGUGAUUUUAAACUGGCCCCAAAUCAGACCAAGGAACUUGAAGAGAAGGUCAUGGAACUGCAUAAAUCCUACAGGUCCAUGACUCCAGCUCAAGCUGACUUGGAAUUUCUUGAGAAUGCCAAAAAGUUGUCUAUGUAUGGUGUUGACCUUCAUAAAGCAAAGGACUUGGAAGGAGUGGAUAUCAUCCUGGGUGUCUGCUCUAGUGGCCUUCUGGUUUACAAAGAUAAGCUGAGAAUUAACCGCUUUCCUUGGCCCAAAGUGCUGAAGAUUUCCUACAAACGUAGCAGCUUUUUCAUCAAGAUUCGACCUGGAGAGCAAGAACAGUAUGAAAGUACCAUCGGAUUCAAACUUCCCAGUUAUCGAGCAGCUAAGAAAUUAUGGAAAGUCUGUGUAGAGCAUCACACAUUUUUCAGACUGACAUCUACAGACACCAUUCCUAAAAGCAAAUUCCUCGCGCUGGGAUCCAAAUUCCGAUACAGUGGCCGAACUCAGGCUCAGACCAGGCAAGCUAGCGCUCUGAUUGACAGGCCUGCUCCACACUUUGAACGAACAGCCAGCAAACGGGCGUCCCGGAGCCUUGAUGGAGCUGCAGCUGGUGAUUCCACAGACCGAAGUCCUCGGCCCACCUCCGCACCAGCCAUCGCUCAGAGUCAGAUCACCGAUGGCGCACCUGCCAGAAAACCAGCCGUGUCUAAAGUGCAGAAGGAGAUCGUGCAGGUGGAAGUCAAAACAGAAGACGUGCCCCCUGAGCAGGCAGAGCCUGAGCCCACAGAAGUAUGGAAGGCGGGAAAAUCCCACAUGGAGGUCCCAGUACCUACCUCAAAUGGUGACCACGCACAGAAGCUUGCAGAAAAAUCUGAAGAUCUGAUAAGAAUGAGGAAGAAAAAGAGAGAGAGACUAGAUGGUGAAAACAUUUAUAUCAGACAUAGCAAUUUAAUGUUGGAGGACUUAGACAAAAGUCAAGAAGAGAUCAAAAAACAUCAUGCCAGCAUCAGUGAGCUGAAAAAGAACUUCAUGGAAUCUGUACCAGAACCAAGGCCUAGUGAGUGGGACAAACGCUUGUCCACUCACUCCCCCUUCCGGACCCUUAACAUCAAUGGGCAAAUUCCCACAGGAGAAGGAGUGAAGAAAACCUCUGUCCUUCCCUCGGAAAGAAAGUCCCCCAGCUACUUUCUCCCUGAUACAUAUCACUUUGGGGUGUGCAAAGAAUCCGUGUCAAACUUCCAAACUGAUCAGAGAAGGCUGGCUCAACUGAGAGAGCUGAGAGCCAAGUUUUUUCUUUCCUAGAUAACGUCUGUCUCCACUGGUUGGCAGAGUUAAAUUGUAGGGGGGGAAAAACCUCAUUUGUACAAUUGGAAAAGACUAACAUUCUUUGAAAAUAUCAAAAGUAUCCGCUUAAUGUGAUGGAUAAACUUUGAUGACGUCGUCACUAUUCUUAUUUAAAUCACAACUCUUGAGAAAAGGGAGGGAAUUUGCAAUUGAGAUUUGUAGGCUUGGAUGAUUUUUUUAAGAGGGGGUGCACCUUAGAGGCACAGUGAAGCUUUUGUACUUCCCCCCCCCUUUUGCAACCUUUAGAAUAUAUAGGAUUAAGGUUUUUAUGCCCUUGAACUAAAUCUAAUUGCCAUACUGAAUGAACAGUUGUAGUUUUUUAAGUCUAUAAGAAAAGAAAUGAGGAUAACUUUUUAUAUUCUGCCAUUCUAUUUGUAAAAAAAAGAAAAAAAGUAACUUUCCUGAUGGCAAGAAGAAUGCUUCAUUAUUGGAGUCGCCUAGUUAAUAUAAGAAAAAACUGAUGGUACCAAAGCAAUGAACAGCGACCCAAAAUUUAUACAUAAGUAUUCCUUAAAGGAGGAGUAAAUAUUAAAGGAAGUCCAGUGAUUCCUUGAACUUUCAGGACUUCUGAUAUUGAUUCAUUCAAAAAAUUGCCGCAUAUUCUACUAUUAUAGAAACUUUGCCAGGAUAAACUGCCAAAGUAAAAGUAAGAUAAAGAAUGUCAAAAAAAAAAAAAAAAAAGAUCUUCCCAAUUCCUUUGCACACUCCCAAGUAUCACUUUCGAGCAUUUUCCAUCUGUCAUUUUGUUCAUCUUUCUCUGUCUUUCUUAAUCUUCUACCGUGAAAGCAGACACAGGAACGUGCUCUGUUAGUGCAGGAUGAAGAGAAAGUUAAAAGGCAAGCGAGAUCUCCUGAAAGAGCCUUGCCCCGGCACGAAAAUGAAGAAAUUCUUCCCAAGGUUUCUAUUCCAAUCCCUGAGGAUCUCAAGUCUCUCAAAAAAUGCCACCUCUACUCUAGUACUUUUCCAUCACCUCGUAUUCCUUUCAUGAUGUCUUUUCUCCUGGUUCUUGCCUUGGCCGUUUGGUGGUUAGUCUUUCUGUGAUCGGAAAACAGGGUGCUCUUCUGAAAUGUCAAGACUAAAACCAUUGAACUUCUGUUGUUGGCUUCUGCUGUGUUACUUCCUGUAUGAUGCUUCCAAUCUUGACAGUUCGCUGUCCUAGAGAAGCCCUUUGUCAUCAUUUUUUUGUCAAAAAAAAAAUGUUAACUCUCUGUAGAAUAUGUAUCAUGGGGUACAAAGAAGUAGCCAUGGAUUGUGAAGUCAGCCUUCCUCACAGGAGCGUAUGGAGGUUAGAGAACCCAGAUCUAAGCAUUUGGCAGGUCGGUAUGUCCCCCCCCCCCCAGUGUUGACUCUAUCCUGCAUGUCAUUACUGUUUCCUGUGGCUGUGUCCUCUCCGAUGUUUUGUGCAAAGCAGGAUACUCUAGAAACAGUUGAUGGAAUGUUUUCCCGAUCACCUUAUAGUCAUUUGUGUGGCAUGGGCUCAGUAGUUUAAGAAGAAAAAAAAAAAAGAAAAAGUCAACUUGCUAACUUUUCAAAAGCCUUAAAAAUGAUACAUUUUAAUCUAAGAACCCAUAUUCACUCCUUUUCUUGAGAUAUCAAACCAGUAUAUACAAAGGCCUUUUUUGGAAAAGGGCUUUUGACUUCCGUGGCCUUUUUAUGUGUAUUUCUGAGAUGUACAGGGACAAACAUCUUUAUCCUGCCUGGAGUAUCGAAGAGGUUUAUCUGCAAAGGCUAAAUGCUAUCUAUGGACAAGUAGAAUGUUGAUAAUUUAAGGAAAACGGUGCUGGUGCCCCUCGCCUCCAGCCAGGGCUAAAUUUCCUAGACAACUACAUCUUUAAUAGUCCUGGGAUACAGAUUUAUUCAAGAUCUGUACAUAAGUAUAUCCUUCCCUGAAUUAAAAUACUAUGUUACUUACUUCUUUAUGACUUACAUAAUUUUAUUGCUAGAAGCAAUAUUUAGCCACUAUGAUAAGCUUAAAAUAGAUUGGUACAUUUUGUUUUCCUGAUAGAUUUCAGACCUGUUCAUUCUCCCAUAUGUGUUGGAUCAAUUGUUUUUAAUUGACGGCCUUGUGAACUAAAGUUCUGUCGUGACAAGUAUGUGCCCUUUGCUUGCAUGUUAUAUUCCCGGAAGUAAAUAUGUGUGUGCCCUCUCUUUACAACACAACUGGGAUGCCUAACCGUUAUUUUUUUAACCUCAAUAUUAAUGAAAAUUCUUGCAUGUAGAUUGUUUUUUAUAGCACUUGAAUGUAUCAAUAUGGAUGAUUUGAUUAAUGUUGUCGCAAAUGUUUGUUUUGAAAUUGAAUUCAUAGGAUUAAUCAAACUGAGAUUAUUGCACCUUGUUUUACUUCUCAAAUGUUUUUCAGUUGAUGAAACUUAUAAACAAGACUUUUUGUUUUUAAGAUGUCUUCUUAGAACAAAAAGAGUGCGAGAGAGAACAGGAAAGUCAAGAAUCUUUUGUUUUUCGGUAUCCACCUCCAUUGUCUUAUUGUCUCUGUAGAAAAGAGACAUGUAGAAAUAAUCCUCUGGUAUUUUCUGAACUUCUUUGUCAUUGUAAGCUUUCUUCAAAAACUGGAAAAGGAGAGUGUUAAAUUUAAAAGUCUGGCAUGAAUGUUCAUCUUUCACAUCACAGGCUAUGUCUGUUCAUAACAAAUAUUUUACAAUUAAACAUGUUCAUUGAUUCACUUAUAAUAAGGAAAGAGAGACUUCAGAUUGACCUGAAAUAUUGUAAAGCUGUCCUCUAAUACAGAAAAUAAUUAUAAGUAUUCCCCUGUGAAAUAGAAAUAUAAACAUUUUCUUUAUGAAAUGAUAAAACUAUAGUAUUGGUUAGGUUCUUUCAAAUCAUUUUUUUCAAGAAUCUAAAAAGGAAAUAAACUUAGAAUUUUAUUGAUACUUUUAUAACUGUCUCAGAUUAUAUUUCCAGUUUUAAUUCUUGUACAUGGCUUUUUAUUGUUAUUGUAAAUUUCAUCUUGAAUUUUGCUUUCUUUUGUCUUGAAAUUAUUCCACGUCCAUUAAAAACCCAGUGUAAGUUUUCUGAAGUGUAACAGGAGAGCCUCAGAGAGCUUUGCUAUGGUCAAAGGAGAGGCCUUUUCUUCUGUUAUUAGGGUAAGAAGAUCAGGAGGAAGGGUUGAGCCUUUGUACUGGACAAAGCUAGACAUGCAGGCUCAAAAGACAUACUCGUCACUAUUAUCAGAGAAAGAAUAUUGGGUAUUGCAGCUUUGUAUUACCAACUGUUAAUGCUGCCAGUAUUUGUAAGAAAGAACUGUAAAUAUAGUCUUGGUUUCAUUCUCAGAUCUCAUUCCAUUUUCAACACCAGAGACAGAUUCAAAAAACUGUAUUGGAUUUACCCUGGUUCUGCUGCUUAAUGACAGUUGAUAAGUAAGAAACAGUUUGGACUAAAAGUGUCAAUUCAGACCAAUAAAGUCUUGGGUUUUUUCCUUG